CGCUCUCUUUACACAGGAAAAUCUUCAAGAACCAUGUCAGCGCCAAACUCCAGCGGAUCAGCAACCACAGCACCUGCUGUCGCCUCUAUUCACCAGCUUCCAUUAGAGCUAAUUGACUCCUGCAUUGGCUCCAAGAUCUGGGUUAUCAUGAAGUCAGAGAAGGAGUUUACUGGCACGCUCAAGCUCUUUGACGAUUAUGUCAACAUGGUUCUGGAAGAUGUUACAGAAUAUGAGAACACACCAGAAGGAAUGAAAACUACAAAGUUGGAACAGAUCCUCUUGAACGGCAACCAUAUUUGCAUGUUGAUUCCUGGUGGAGAAGGCCCUCAGUAGAAAACGUGUUUUAUAAAAUUAAAAUCAUACAAAAUUUGUACAUGAA